CACAAACGAAACAUGCUCCAUUUACAGUUCCGAUCGACAGACAACCACGCAAAUGCUGCUCGAAGAUGUGUUCACACCGUGCAGCACAUGAAAUCAGGAAGCAUCAACAAUCCCUCGGUGGGCUGAGUAGGCAGAGCACGGGAAGUAUUUCGCCACAGAGGAUUGGGAAAGCCCCGCUUCUCCGCCUGCAAUCCGAGUCUGAGGAGACGGAGCUGGAUGUGAGAGGCGGUGUGGUGUGGAGAGAGCGAGAUCGAGAGAGGGCACGCGAGUCCACGGCCAGAGCCAGCAGCAGCAGGAGCAGCAGCAGCGGUGCAGGGGGAGGAGGAGGAGAAGGAGAAAGCUCCAUGCAGUUCAGCACCAGACCGGCCAGCGCCGAGCCGGGCUUCAUGGGGACAUGGACACAGCAGAGCACUGACAGCAACCUCCUCUUCAGAAUGUCCCAGCAGGCCAUCCGCUGUACUCUGGUAAACUGCACAUGUGAGUGUUUCCAGCCUGGAAAAAUCCACCUGCGGACAUGUGACCAGUGCAAGCAUGGAUGGGUCGCUCAUGCUCUAGACAAGCUGAGCACACAGCAUCUCUACCACCCGACGCAGGUGGAGAUCGUACAGUCCAACGUGGUGUUUGACAUCAGCAGUCUGAUGCUGUACGGGACGCAGGCGGUUCCUGUGAGGCUGAAGAUCCUGCUGGACCGUCUGUUCAGUGUUCUCAAACAGGAGGAGGUUCUGCACAUCCUCCACGGCCUGGGGUGGACCCUGAGAGACUAUGUCAGAGGCUAUAUACUACAGGAUGCUGCAGGCAAGGUUCUGGACAGAUGGACUAUAAUGUCCCGGGAAGAGGAGAUCAUCACUCUUCAACAGUUUCUGCGCUUUGGUGAAACCAAGUCUAUUGUGGAACUGAUGGCCAUCCAGGAAAAGGAGGGUCAGGCCGUCACAGUGCCCUCAUCAAAGACUGACUCUGGAAUCAGAACUUUCAUUGAAAGCAACAAUCGCACACGUAGUCCUGGCCUUCUGUCGCACCUAGAGAACAACAGCCCCUCUAGCAUUCACCAUUUUGAGAACAUCCCAAACAGUCUGGCCUUCUUGCUGCCCUUCCAGUACAUCAACCCAGUGUCAGCCCCCAUGUUAGGACUGCCACCAAACGGUCUGACCAUGGACCAGUCAGGUCUCAGAAUGCGAGAGCCAAAUCUGCCCAAUCAGAGUGAGCCAGUGGAGACCAGUGAAUCUGAAGUGUCCCUUUCACCAUUUCGUAGUGGUCAGAGUCCCAGUCGAGGAGCAAUGGGGACCUUACCCAACGCCAUUGAACCUAAGACAGAACCCAACAGAGCUUCCCCCAUCUCUCCAACACCAUCUACACAGCAGUCCCAGCAACCGCAGACACCAACGCAGCAAGCGCAGGGGCAGCAACAGCAGCAGUCGAGCACUCUGAACCACCACCAGAUCCAUCACCAUUUCGAAAAGAACGAACAAUCGAAAACCAUUACACACUCUUCUUUCUCUUCCAAAAUGCAUCGCAUGCGUCGUAUGGGUGCAACCUCACGUAAGGGUCGUGUCUGCUGCAACUCCUGUGGCAAGACUUUCUAUGAUAAGGGUACUCUAAAGAUCCACUACAAUGCUGUGCAUCUGAAGAUUAAGCACCGUUGUACUAUUGAAGGCUGCAAUAUGGUCUUCAGCUCAUUGCGAAGUCGCAAUCGCCAUAGUGCUAAUCCCAAUCCUCGGCUACAUAUGCCCAUGCUGAGGAACAACCGGGACAAGGACCUCAUUCGCUCCAGUUCUGGGACAGCGACACCUGUCAUAUCAAGCUGCAAAAGUGGCUUCAAUCUGACCAGCCCUGGGCGGCCACCGCUAAGCUUUGCCACACCUCCUCUUGACCCCAUGAUACAGUCCCCUCUGCAGAGCCCUCUUGUUUUCCCAUCCCUGAAGUCUGUGCAGCCAGUGCAACCUGUGCCACCCUUCUAUCGCACACUGCUCUCUCCCGCUGACCUUGUUAGUCCCCCAGUCUCUCUGCCCACCAGUCCAAUUUUGCCUACCACAACCAACAGCACAUCUCUGACAGACCAGCAACAGAUGUUAACUGCUAGCUCCCACAAUAUGCAUGCAUAUGAAACGUCAAUGUUUUCUCAUCGCCUGCCCACAACUCCCAGUACCCAAGAUUCAGUGACUCUCGACCCUAUGCCUAAAAAGAAGCCUCGCAAGUCCAGCAUGCCAGUAAAGAUAGAGAAAGAAGUGAUAGAUGUGGCAGAUGAUUAUGAGGACAAAGAUGAUGAUGAUGAUGACGAUAGCUGUCACCAUCACCACCAUCAGCCAUCCAACAUCCAUAACAAUGUCAAUGGCAACUGCAACAACAACAAUAACAGCAGCAGCAGCAGCAGCAGUCAUCACUGUGGGGGUAGUGGACAUCAGUCUCCAUUGCACGAUGAAAUGAGUCCCAGUCUAGCCCUUAGAGGCAUGCUCCAUCCCGACCAAGAAGAGUGCAGUGGGAGUCACGGUAGUAGAGGCCAUGGCGACAUGCGCUGUAUUGACAGCUUUACCUCGGAGGACCAAGAUCAUGAGCGUGACUUUGAAAAUGAGUCGGAGACAUCUGAAUCCAAGAUGCUCUACCGCGAUGAGCUGAUGGACCCGGACGUACAUCAGCCUCCCCUAGACAGAAAAAUGAGAAAGGAACACCAGGGGGCAGAAGAUGAGGGACACCUACAGAAAGAUUUGGAGGAUCAAAGCCAUUCCCCACCCUCCCAACACCAGCCUGUUAUCAAAAUCAAGGAAGAGAUCAAUGAUCCUACUUAUGACAUGUUCUGCAUGGGUCAAUAUAGCCUUUACAAUGGGGAAAUGGCAGCUGCCGCCGCCGCCGCUGCCAGCAUGGCCGCCUUACAUGAAAGUUUCAUCUCCUCUAUGAGCUAUGGAUCAAGCCCACCAAAAUUCCCUUCUCAGUCCCCUGAUGGCGAUCUCUGCCCCAGUCCUGAUCCCAAGAUCUGCUACGUCUGCAAAAAGAGCUUUAAAAGUUCAUAUAGUGUCAAACUGCAUUACAAGAAUGUGCACCUAAAAGAGAUGCAUGUGUGUACUGUGGCUGGAUGCAAUGCUGCUUUCCCCUCCCGACGAAGCAGAGAUAGACAUAGCUCCAACAUCAACCUGCACCGCAAACUACUGACCAAAGAGCUGGAUGAAAUUGUCCUGGACCCCCAGCUUACGACUUUGCAUAAAGAGCUGCGUGCUGAGUUCCUGUCAACGAUCUAUGCUGACCACCAUCUGGGACUGGAGGGGGUAGGGAAUGCUGAACCACCACGAGGCAGGACACGAGGGAAUGAGAUCCCCCAGUCGCUAGAGAAUAUUCACAGCAGCAACGGCUACUGCCAUGGCCCCAGUGAGGGUACCUACAUGGUGCUGGACCUGAGCACCACCUCUAGCGUGCAGUCAAGCGGCAGCGUGCAAUCCUCACAGGAGUCUGAUGAGGGCAGCGAUGAGGGCAUCCUGCUGGAUGACCUGGAGGGUGCUAGUGACAAUGAGGACUGCACGCCUAGUACUGUGGCUAAGACACUACACGUGGAGGGAAAAGAUAGUGAGGAUGCCAGGAAGGACGGAAGAGAAGGAGCCACAGAGGAGGGAUUUCUGCGCUGUGAUCCUUCGUUCUCACCAUCCUUCUUGGCAUCCAGUAGAGGUAAUGGAACAGGAGGCAUCCUUUACAUCUGCCACAAACUGUACAGUAACAAGGGACCCCUUCGGGUGCACUACAAGACUGUCCAUCUCCGUGAAAUGCACAAAUGCAAAAUUCCUGGCUGUAACAUGAUGUUUUCCUCUGUGAGAAGCAGAAACAGACAUAGCCAGAACCCAAACCUACACAAAAAUGCCCUUUAUACCACAAUGAUUGACUAGUCCAGACAUCCCUGCCCACCACAUUGCCUCAAGUUCCAUAUGCUCCAUGCAAC